GUGAGAUGACAUCAGGGCUCUUGAUGAAGGAGGAGCAGGCUCUCUGUCACUUCUGGAGAUGCCACUUGAUGGCACAGCCAGAAGUGGCAGCAGCCUCUUCCCAUGGAUCCACAGCAAAUGGCCCCUUCAGGCCCCCGGAAGAAGAGACCCAGGCAGGUGGGUGCCUCAGUGGCCUCCCCACCUCAUGACAUCAAGUUUCAGGAUUUGGUCCUCUUCAUUUUGGAGAAGAAAAUGGGGACCACCCGUAGAACCUUCCUCAUGGAGCUGGCCCGAAGGAAAGGAUUCAGGGUUGAAAAUGAGCUCAGUGAUUCCGUCACCCACAUUGUGGCAGAAAACAACUCUGGUUCAGAGGUUCUGGAGUGGCUUCAGGUACAGAACAUAAAAGCCGGCUCACAGCUAGAACUCCUCGACGUCUCCUGGCUGAUAGAAAGUAUGGAAGCGGGAAAACCGGUGGAGAUGACAGGGAAACACCAGCUUGUUGUGAAAACAGACUGUUCAGGUAGCCCCAACCCAGGCUUCCAGAAGACUCCACCACUGGCUGUAAAAAAAAUCUCUCAGUAUGCGUGUCAGAGAAGAACCACUUUAAACAACUGUAACCACAUAUUCACGGAUGCCUUUGAAGUACUGGCUGAAAAUUAUGAGUUUAGAGAAAAUGAAAUCUUCUCUGUGACAUUUUUGAGAGCAGCUUCUGUCCUUAAAUCCCUGCCAUUCACAAUCAUCAGUAUGAAGGACACAGAAGGAAUUCCCUGCCUGGAAAACAAAGUGAAGUGUAUCAUAGAGGAAAUUAUUGAAGAUGGAGAAAGUUCUGAAGUUAAAGCUGUGUUAAAUGAUGAACGAUAUCAGUCCUUCAAACUCUUUACUUCUGUAUUUGGAGUGGGAUUGAAAACAUCUGAGAAAUGGUUCAGGAUGGGGUUCAGAACUCUGAGUAAAAUAAGGUCGGAUGAAACCCUGAAAUUCACAAGAAUGCAGAAAGCAGGAUUCCUCUACUAUGAAGACCUUGUCAGCUGUGUGACCAGGGCCGAAGCAGAGGCAGUCAGCGUGCUGGUUAAGGAGGCCGUCUGGGCAUUUCUGCCCGAUGCCUUUGUCACCAUGACAGGAGGAUUCCGGAGGGGUAAGCAGAUUGGGCAUGAUGUAGAUUUUUUAAUUACCAGCCCAGGAACAACAGAGGCUGAAGAGGAACAACUUUUACCUAAAGUGAUAAACUUAUGGGAAAGAAAGGAGUUACUUUUAUACUGUGACCUUGUGGAGUCAACAUUUGAAAAGUCCAAGUUGCCAAGCAGGAAGGUGGAUGCUUUAGAUCAUUUUCAAAAGUGUUUUCUGAUUUUAAAAUUGCACCAUCAGCGAGUAGACAGUGGCCUGUCCAGGCGGCAGGAAGGAAAGACCUGGAAGGCCAUCCGUGUGGACUUGGUCAUGUGCCCCUAUGAGCACCGUGCCUUUGCCCUGCUGGGCUGGACCGGCUCCAAGCAGUUUGAGAGAGACCUCCGGCGCUAUGCCACACACGAGCGGAAGAUGAUACUGGAUAACCACGCUUUGUAUGACAAGACCAAGAGGAUAUUUCUCAAAGCAGAGAGUGAAGAAGAAAUUUUCGCACAUCUGGGAUUGGAUUACAUCGAACCAUGGGAAAGAAAUGCCUAGGGAAAAUGUUGUCGGCUUUUUUUUCUGUUUUGGUUUUUUUUCAGGUUAGAUAAAUUACGCUUCAUAUUACAGUGAAAGAUGUCUUAGGAAAGUUCGAGUUUCUUUAAUUCUUACUGAAAUGAAGAUUGCUUCUAGAAAUAAAUAGUUUUGGAAACAUGAUCAGGCACCACCCGGCAAAGGCUGUGCUCUGAUAGGCCGUUUGUAGGACUGUUGCUCAGAAUUCACAAUGCAUUGUCCAUAGUAACAGUGUUGUAGUUGGUGGCUCGUUUCCGGGGCAGCUCAUCAAAGCCCACUUUGCCCACAGUGUAGCUGAAUCACUGUGUAUUUCCAGUAAGAACAAGAGGAAACAA